UACACAAUUUUAGACUGGCAAAAAGUCAGUCUGGACAAGAUGGCCGCCCGGUUGACAUCGUCCUUCUAUCAUUUUACUCUAUUAUUGCAUUUAUUUUUAUUAAUUAAUUAUAAUUAUGGUGAAAGAUUUGGUGAUCCAACAACGACAUUACAUGUUGAUGAUGAUAGUUUAAAAAAUAAUAAUAUAUUUGUUAUUGAUAAAAAUAACUUUGAUGAUGAUGAUGGUGAUAUGUCAUUAUCACGCAUUAGAAGAGAUGCUCCGGAUUCCAAAGAUUUACCAAUAAGUGCAUCACAUAAUAUUUCCACCAAGGUAAAUGUACUGAAUGAUUCACAUCAACAAUUAAUGGUACAUUGGGUUGGUGAAAAAUCCAGUGUUAUUAUUUGUUUGGCAAGAGAUAGUGCAUCAAAUUCAAGAAUUGUAUCAUCCGGAACAACUCAACCAAGUGCUGUUUACAUUAGUUAUGAUUAUGGUGAUACAUUUGAAAAUAAAACUGAAUCAUUUAAAUUUGAAAGUGAUUCAAAAAUACAAUAUGCAACAUUGGAUAAAUUUUAUAAUCAUCCAAAAUUUAAUUCUUAUGUUGUAUUUGCAGACAGUGCAAAUAGUAUUAUAUUUAUAACAAAUGAUAAUGGAAAAAAUAUAAUAACAGUGCCAUUACCAUUUCAUCCAAGUGAAAUAUCAUUUUAUGAAGAUAAUCCAAAUUACAUUGUUUCAUUAGAUAAAAUUGAUUCAAAACGACAGCUAUGGAUGUCACGUGAUAUGGGUAAAAAUUGGUUUAUCAUACAUGAAUAUGUACAUUCAUUUUUUUGGUCACCAUUAAAAAAAAAAAGUAUACUUAUUGAAAGAUCAGAACCAUCUGGUUUACAUACUGUUGUUGAAUUAGAUUUAACACAAGCUGAAAAUUGGAUACGUAUUAAUACUAAAAAAGUCAUACAAAAUAUUGUUGAUUUUCAUUUACGUGGUGAUUAUAUGUUUGCUACAAUGAAAGAUAAUAAUGAUAAUAUUUCUAAUAAAAAUAAUACAAAUAAUACAAAUACAAAUGAUAAUUUAUCAUUAUGGAUAUCAUAUAAAGGACAACCAUUUAUUAAAUCACAAUUUAAUACUGAAUUAGAUCGUAAAAAUUAUCAUAUAUCAGAUGUUACAAAUGACAGAAUAUUUGUUGCAGUAUCACAUGGACAAAAUCUCGUUAAUUUAUAUGUAUCAGAAUUAAUUGAUAAAUUAACAGCAAGAUUUGUAUUAUCACUUGAGGGUGUAUUAACAUAUUUUCCAAAUUCAACAUGGAAAGAUAGUUGGUUAAAAGAUGUUGCAAAUGAAGCAUUUACUGAUUUAUAUAAAGUUGAAGGUUUACGUGGUAUUUAUAUUGUAUCACAAAUUAAAGAAAUACCAAAAGGUACAUCAAUUGGUCCAGAACAUUUAAUGUCAUUAAUAACAUUUGAUCAUGGUGCAACAUGGAAUAAAAUAAAAGCACCAACAGCAAAUCAUGAAGGUUUUUUUGUAAAUUGUCAAAAUGAUUGUUCAUUACAUUUAAGUCAAAAAUUUAAUCAAUUAUAUCCAGUAACACGUUCUGUAUCAAUAAUGAGUUCAAAAUCAGCACCAGGUAUUAUUAUGGCAACUGGUGUUAUGGGUACUAGUUUAAAAGGACAUCCUGGUUUAUAUGUAUCACGUGAUGCUGGUUUAACAUGGAAACAAGUAUUAAAAGAUUAUUAUUUUUUUAAUAUGGGUGAUCAUGGUGGUGUAUUAGUUGCUGUUAAAUAUUUUAAAUCACGUGGUGAAACACGUGAUUUAUCAUAUUCAAUUGAUGAAGGUAAAACAUGGACAGUACAUAAAUUUAGUGAUGAAAUGUUACGUGUUUAUGGUUUAAUGACUGAACCUGGUGAAAAUACAACAAUAUUUACAAUGUUUGGAUCAAAUUCUGGACUACAUAAAUGGCUUAUUAUUAAAGUUGAUGUACGUAAUGUAUUUGAGCGUGAUUGUCAAGAUGAUGAUUUUAAAUUUUGGUCACCAUCAAGUACUGAAGAUGAUAGACAAGGUAUGUCAUGUAUACUUGGUAAAAGAGAAAUAUAUAAAAGACGUGGACAAACAUUUAAUUGUUAUACUGGUAUUGAUUAUGAUAGACCAGUUAAAUUUGAAACAUGUCUAUGUGAUUAUGAUGAUUAUGAGUGUGAUUUUGGUUUUAUUAAAAAUGGUAAUCCAUCACAUUGUGUACGUGAUACAUUAAAUAAUAAUUAUGAUCCAUAUGAAAUACCAAAAUCUUGUUUACCUGGUGAUUUUUAUAAUCGUACAAAAGGUUAUCGUAAAAUUGUUGAUGACGAAUGUUCUGCUGGUCGUUAUAAAAAAUUUGAACCAGAUGAAAUACCAUGUCCAAUAACUGAACCAUCAGAAUUUUUAUUAGUUGCACAAAGAGAACAUAUAUCACGUAUUGAUUUAUCAACACAAAAAAUUGAAGUAUUACCAAUACAUGAUUUAAAAAAUGUCAUUGCAAUUGAAUAUGAUUUAAAUAUGAAUUGUUUAUAUUGGGCUGAUAUUGUUAAUGAUACAAUUGGUAGACAAUGUUUUAAUGAUGGUACAAGUUAUCCAGAAAUACUUAUUGAAACAGAAUUAAGUUCAAUUGAAGGUAUGGCAUUUGAUUGGAUAUCAAAAAUAUUAUAUUUUGUUGAUGGUGUUAAAACACGAAUACAAAUAAUACGUACUGAUACAACAAAACAUGGUAGAAUGAGAAAAACAAUAUUAAAUUCUGAUAAUUUACAAAAACCACGUGGUAUUGCUGUACAUCCAAUGAUGGGUUAUAUGUUUUGGACUGAUUGGGCACCUGGUAAUGCAUCAGUAUCACGUGCAAAUCUUGAUGGUAGUAAUGUUAAACGUUUAUUUACAAAAGGUACUGUUGAAUGGCCAAAUGGUAUUACAAUUGAUUAUAUUGCUGAACGUAUUUAUUGGGUUGAUGCACGUGAAGAUUAUAUUGGUUCAUCUGAUUAUGAUGGUAAAAGAUUUAAAAAAAUUAUCAGUGAUGAUGAACGUGUAUCACAUCCAUUUGCUGUUGCUGUAUUUAAAGAUAAUAUGUAUUGGGAUGAUUGGAAACAAUCAAUGAUAUUUUUAGCUGAUAAAAAUCAUGGUGCUGGUGUGACAUCAACAUUUGGAAUGUUGACUGGUUUAAUGGAUUUAAAAGUAUUUGCUCAUUCAGUACAAACUGGAACAAAUAAAUGUGCAAAUAAUACAUUAUGUGAAUAUAUUUGUCUUGGUGCACCAAAUGAUAAUUAUGAAUGUUUAUGUCCAGAUGGUAUGGAGUUUGUUGGUACUAAAUGUAUGUGUCCUGGUGGUGUAUUACCAUCAGUUAAUUCAACAUGUCCACGUAUUGCAAAUAGUUGUGCAUCAAAUCAAUAUGCAUGUAAAAAUGGUGCAUGUGUACCAGAAUUUUGGCAUUGUGAUGGUGAAAAUGAUUGUGGUGAUAAUUCAGAUGAAUCAUUAUGUAAAAAACCAACAUGUCCACCAAAUAGUUUUGAGUGUGAUGGUGAUAAAUGUAUACCAAAAUAUUGGAUGUGUGAUUUAGAUCGUGAUUGUCGUGAUGGACAAGAUGAAUUAAAUUGUAAAUAUAUUAAUUGUACUGAGACACAAUUUAGAUGUGACAAUGGUAGAUGUAUAUCACACAGAUGGUAUUGUGAUGGUGAAGAUGAUUGUCGUGAUGGUUCUGAUGAAAAAAAUUGUUCACGUGAUAUACAUCCAACAACAUGUAAAACAGAUGAAUUAACAUGUGAAUCAGAUAAAGCAUGUAUACCACGUACAUGGCAAUGUGAUGGUGAAGCUGAUUGUGAAGAUCAAUCUGAUGAAAAAGAUUGUUCAUCACGUGUUUGUAUGGAUUGGCAAUUUACAUGUAAUUCAAAACAUGAUACACGUAAUUGUAUUUAUAGAUCAUGGGUUUGUGAUGGUGAUGAAGAUUGUAAAGAUGGUUCUGAUGAAUUAAAUUGUUCAUCAUUAACAACAACACCAUCAACACUAUCAACAACAAUAAUACUACCAACAGAUUCAAUAACAUUACCAACAGCAUCAUGUACUGAUUGGAUGUUUUUAUGUAAUAAUAAAAAAUGUGUACCAUACUGGUGGAAAUGUGAUAGUGUUGAUGAUUGUGGUGAUGGUUCAGAUGAAUUUGGAUGUAGUAUAUCAGAUAUUAAUACAGAUACAAAUACAAAUACUGGUGGUACUGGUACAUCAAUUGAUUGGCCAACAUCUGAUAUACCAAAAAUACCAUCACCACCACGUGUUUGUCGUGAUCAUCAAUUCCAGUGUUACAAUGGUAAAUGUGUUGAUGAUGCAUGGGUUUGUGAUGGUACAAAUGAUUGUGAAACUGGUGAAGAUGAGUUACACUGUGAUCGUACACAUGUUGGUUGUCAUUCAGAUGAAUUUAUGUGUCGUAUUGAUGGUACAUGUAUACAAUUAUCAAAAAUAUGUAAUGGCAUUGAAGAUUGUCCAGAUCGUAGUGAUGAACUUGGUUGUCAUAAUGAUAAUCAUCCUUCAACACCAACAACAAUACCAUCAUGUUAUCCUGGCUAUUUUCCAUGUGAUGAAACACGUUGUCUUGGUUUUAAUUCAUAUUGUGAUGGUAAACAUGAUUGUUUUGAUGGUACAGAUGAGGCUAAUUGUGAAAAAAAUAAUUCACGUGUUUAUCAAGUUAUGGUUAUGAGUCUUGAUUCACAAUUAACAAAUUCAACAAGUUUAUCUUUAUACUGGUGGAUGCGUGUACCAAAAAAUAUAACAUUUGAAUUUUUACCAUCAAUUUGUAAUUUAGAAAUUGAACCACAUAAAUGGAUUAAUUCAACAAGCUGGAUUAAUGAUAAUGAACAUAAAUUUUAUAAUUUACAGCCAUAUUCACGUUAUAAUGUAACAGUGUAUGUUAGAGUUAAAGGACAAACAACAGUAUAUCCACCAUAUAAAUAUUGGACAUAUAAAACAACUGAGGGUAUACCAUCAGAACCAUGGAAUGUUGUUGCGACACAAAAUAAUGGUACUAAAAUAACAAUUACAUGGAGACAACCAGUACAUCCAAAUGGACCAAUAACAGCAUAUGAAGUAUCAAUAACACCACCAUUACCACCAAAAACAUUUAUCAAACAAAAAACAACAGUAACAUUUGAACAUCCAUUUGAGACUGAUACAAAUUAUUCAAUAUGGGUUAUUGCUAAAAAUCAUAAUUUUAAAUCAAAACCAUCAAGUGUUGUACAAUUUACAUUUGAUGAAUCAGCAAAUAUUGAUGAUAUACGUGAUUUACGUGUACUUGAAACAACAAAUCAUUCAGUACAUUUAUCAUGGCAGAAAUUAAAAGACGUUGAUAGUUAUGAUAUAACACCAAGAGGACCACAACAAUUAUAUCCAAUAUUACCAACUUUAACAACAAAUAAAAAUGAUUAUAUUGUUGAUGGACUUGCACCAGGUGUUAAUUAUACAUUUGAAGUUAAUGCUAAAAAAAAAUCAUAUAUUGGAAAAAUUGUAUCUGUACAAGGUUCAACAAAAGAUUUACCAUUACCAACAAUAAUGCAUUUACAAGUUGAAACUAGAAAAUUAACAAGUACAACUGUUAAACUUAAUUGGGAUCCACCAAAAAGUCAACGUAAAAUUAAAUGGCAAUAUGCUAUACAUUAUGGUUUAAAUAUGCAUGAAUUAUUUAGUCAAGCUAAAAUAUUAACUAAAAAUUUAACACAUACAAUAAAAGAACUUGAAGCAUGUGAAUCAUAUUUAUUUGCUGUUGGUGUUAAUGAUAAUUCAUAUGGUGCUGGUCCAUUAAGUGAACCAGUUAAUGUACAAACACAUUAUAAUGCACAAGCACCACCAAAAUCAUUACGUGUUGCACCAUUAUUACAACCAGAUUCAAUUAUAUUAUCAUGGAGUUCAUCAUGUAGAAUAAUGGAUGAACCGGUUAAUUAUACAAUUACCAUUAAUGAAUUAACAACAAAUAAUAAAACUACAAUACAAAUACCAUCAACAAAUCAAACUUUUAUUAAACAUACAUUUAAUUCAAUACAUUAUGGUGGUAAAUAUGAAAUUACUGUAUCAACUGGUGUUUGGGGUGCAAAACCAAGUAAAUCAAUUAUUUAUGAAGCACCAUAUAUAUUACCACCUCAUGAAUUUGUUGUAACACCAGAUGGUGGUAAAUAUUUUCUUUAUUGGCAAGAACGUGCUUUACCAAAAAGUCUUGAAAAUAAAACAAAAUAUCAUUAUGAAAUAUUGGUAAAUGAAAAUGAUAAUACAGUUAAUCUUAAAAGUGCCAAAGUUUAUAAAGUUGAUUUACCACCAUUUAUAUAUAAAGAUGCUAAACCAGAUAAAAUGUAUUCAUUUGGUGUUAGGCUUGUUACUGAUGAUGGAUAUCAAAGUUUAAUAAGUGAAGUACAGAGUAUACGUACACCAACUGCUGAAGCAUGGCCAACUACAAUGAAACCAUCAAGUGUAUUGUCAUACUCAAUACCAUUGUGUUUAUUAAUCAUUGGUCUUGGUGCUGGUCUUGCAUAUUUUGUUGUAAGACACAGAAGAUUGUCAAAUAGCUUUACACAAUUUGCCAAUAGUCAUUAUGACACACGACGAGGUCAAGCAACUUUUCCAGGAACGACUGAUCCACUUGAUGAUGAUGAUAGUCCUGUAAUUCGAGGAUUUUCAGACGAUGAACCAUUGGUAAUUGCGUAAAUUAUAUUUAAUAAAAUUGUCAUUUAUAGUAACAAAUGAUAAAAACGAAAAAAAAAAUAAUAAUAAUAAAAAAAAUACAAAUUUUAUCAUCAUUAUUAAUAUUAUUAAUUAUUAUUAUUAUUAUUAAUUAUUAUAAGCAUUAUGAAUAAUUCAAAGACACUAUUAUCAAUUUAUUUUGAAUAAUAGAUAGAAAUUUAAUGAUUGUUUAAAAGACGUCGUAAAUGGAAGCGAACAGAAUUUCACGCUUGUAAUAUUUUUUACCAAGAUGAGAAAAAAAAGGAAAAAAAAAAAACUGAAAUCGAUCCCUUUUUUUUUUUUUCUUUAAGCUUUAUUUUUCUUUCAAAUUAAUUUUUUUUUUUUUUCUAUUAUUGUUCGUUUCCGUUGUCGCUCAAUUGCGCAAUGAAGAACUGUACAUAUUUUCAAUUAUUCUGCGUCGCUUUGCUUUCUCAUAUAUAUAAAUAUAUAUAUAUUUUUUUUUUUUCAUAAUUUUUUUGUUGUUUAAUUGCCAUAAUUGUCGUUAUAAAAUUAACAAAUAAUAUAUGUCAAAAACAGGUUCUAUAAAUAUACAAUUACAGAUAUAAAUACAAAAUUUUUAAAAACUUUUUUUACGAUAAUUGUCAGUCGAUGGGUUAAAAAUUAACAUGCAUAUUUACAGACACAAAAAAACAAAAAAAAUGCGAACGAAUAAAUUAUCGAUGACUUGAUAAAAAUUAAAAAGCCACAUCGAACAUUUGCUAAAAAAAAAUAAAAGAAAUAAAUGACUGUCAUUGAAAUAUAAUUGCACUUAAAAUUUUUUAAAACAGUUAUUUUAUAAUUUGUGUUUAGCCUAAAUUUAUAUACAAAAAAAAUUAAUAUAAAUUUCAUCAUGAUUUUUUAAUAUAUUAAGCAAAUUUUUUUAUUCAACAACAAUGUACUCUACAUAUUUACCAGAUGUUGUUUUUAAUGGAUAAGUAACUUUGAUACGUUUACAUUGAAAUAUUAAAAUAAGAAAAAUUAAAAAAAAAAAAUACAUAUUAUAUAAAUAAAUUA